ACGCCGCUCUUUCUCCUUUUGCUUGCUGUUGCUAACGCCAUUUUUGUUAUACACUCGAAGCUGCAUAAGGUGAUAUUUUUUUACUCAUAGGCGAUUUACAUAAGUGCGAAAGAGAAAGUCGAAUAAGAUAGUAUUACUAAGCUGCAACUGACCCGAAUAUUUUCUUCAAAACUUAUUUACGACGUUUCUCAUUGUCUAUGCUGUAGAUACGCAUCCCGAGCGAUACAAUACGGUGUUAAGCUUAGUAACAAAUGUAUAGUAAAAAUGAAGGAAAACGCUGUACUUAAGUGGCAAAAAGUGUACAAUCCCAGUGGCCCUCAACCACGUCCCCGCCAUGGCCAUCGCGCGGUUGCUAUUAAAGAUUUGAUGAUAGUUUUCGGCGGCGGAAAUGAAGGAAUCGUUCAUGAGCUUCACGUCUUCAACACCACCACUAACCAAUGGUUCGUACCCGUCACGAAGGGAGAGGUUCCUCCGGGAUGCGCCGCCUACGGCUUCGUGGUCGACGGCACCCGCCUGCUAGUUUUUGGCGGCAUGGUAGAGUACGGCAAGUAUUCCAACGACCUGUACGAACUGCAAGCUUCCAGAUGGGAGUGGAAACGGCUAAAGCCUUUGCCACCCAAGCAGGGCCUGCCGCCGUGUCCUCGGCUCGGACACAGCUUCACACUCCUGAACGGUAAGGUUUAUCUCUUCGGCGGGCUGGCGAACGAGAGCGAUGACCCCAAAAACAACAUACCCAGAUACCUAAACGAUUUAUAUACUUUGGAGCUGUACCCGAAUUCAUCAAUGACCGUAUGGGACAUACCGCUCACCUACGGCCAGUCCCCUCCCCCGCGCGAGUCGCACAGCGGCGUCGCCUACACGGACAAGAACACCGGGAAGUCCUCGCUCAUCAUAUACGGAGGCAUGAGCGGAUCGCGUCUCGGAGACCUGUGGGUGCUGGACGUCGACAGCAUGUCGUGGUCCAAGCCGGAGCUGGGCGGCCCGGCCCCGCUGCCUCGCUCCCUGCACACGGCGACAGUCAUCGGGCACCACAUGUACGUGUACGGAGGAUGGGUACCGCUGGUACCGGACGAGUCUAAGCUUGCCACACACGAGAAGGAGUGGAAAUGCACCAACACACUCGCAUCUCUCAACUUGGAAACCAUGACGUGGGACAGCAUCGCCCUGGACAAGUUCGAAGAGUGCGUGCCCCGGGCACGUGCGGGUCACAGCGCAGUGGCCAUACAGACCCGGCUCUACAUUUGGUCGGGGCGGGACGGCUACAGGAAAACAUGGAACAAUCAGAUCUGCUGCAAAGAUCUGUGGUACCUGGAAGUGGGGGUGCCGCCGCAGGCCGGCCGCGUCGCUUUAGUCAGAGCCGGCACCACUUCACUGGAGCUGUGUUGGCCGGCCAUGAACACCGUGACUACAUAUCUUCUCCAAGUACAGAAAUGUGGGAAAGUUACCCCCGCGCGGUUCCCGGCCGCCGCCGAGCCGGUGGCGGCGCCCCCGCCCGCGUCGCCCGUCGCGCAGCCCGACGCGGCCAAAGCUUUCGGCUUCACUUCGCCCGUCACCACAGGACUGUCUUCCACUCCGACCGACCUGCCCGUGCGACCCGUAGCCGCCAUCGCGGCUCCAAUCGCCGCUCCGCUCGCUUCGACACCACAGAAGGUAGUAUCGGCGGCGAUCAAGGUGCCCUCCCAACCGGCGACCGUCAAAAUAAACACAAACACUCCGACGAUCAAGCAAACCUACCAGGGCAAGGUGGUCAAGUCCCCGGCUCCGGGUUCGUCGCAGCAGAUCAAGGUGGCGGCCGUGACGCCGCAGGGCGUGACGCGCAUCGUGAGCGGCGUGGGCACGCCCAGCACCGUGCGCGUGUCCACGGCGCAGUCGUCGCAACAGAUCGUCAUCGGCACCGCGGGCGGCACGGCGGGCUCGCCGCGCUUCGUGCAAGUGAAGACCGGCUCCAGCGGCAUGCCCGUCAAGCUCGGCGGCGGCACGCCCGUCAAGCUGGCCGGCAACGCAGUCCCGCUCAAGAUAGGCGCCGCCAACAUCCACGGCAAGAUCACGCCCGGCAUGCAGAAGGUCGGCACCCCGCUCAAGCUCGGCCCCGGAAACGUAAAGAUCGGCACCAGCAACGUGUUAGUGAAGACGGCGGGCGGCAUGGCGAUUCAGACGGGCGUCGCUAACAUGCAGACCAAGACGGGCAUGCCCGUGAAACUCGGCGCGGGCAACCUGCCGGUCAUCGGCGGCGCCGGCGGAACGAUCAAGAUCAGCGGCGCGAUGUCGGGGCAGCAGCCCGUGUACAAGAUCGUGACGGCCAAGUCCGGCGAGCAGGUGACGACGUCGGCGGCGGGCGGCGCCGGCACCACCGUGCUGCGGCAGGCCGGCGGCAACGCGGGCCUGCCCGUCAUCAUCAAGAAGUCGCCGGGCGCGCAGGGCGGCUCGGCGCCGCAGUACGUGACGCUGGUGAAGACGUCGACGGGCAUGACGGUGGCCACGGUGCCCAAGAUGGCCAUGGUGCAGAACCGCGCCGCGGUGCCGACCAGCGCCGGGCAGGGCAUCGCGCCCGGCGCGACCAUCGUCAAGCUGGUGUCGGCCAACUCGGUCGGCGGCAACAAGAUCAUCACGCUGCCGUCCAACAUGCUGCAGCUGGGCAAGGCGGGCGUGGGCGGCAAGCAGACCAUCGUCAUCACCAAGUCGGCGAGCCAGCAGCAGGGGCAGCCGCAGUGAGCCGCAGCCGUCACCACUCAGGUAUCUCUACAUUGUAAAUUUCUCCGAGAACGCUAGCAGUGAGGUGAUCGAACUAUACUUCUAUACUAUACAAUAUUUCAAAUAAUUUGAGUUUUGAUAUGUCGAUGGUUCCGCGAAUGUUCUCCUGAGAGUUUUACUAAAAUUAUUUACUCUUGUAAUUUUAUUUUUAAAGUUGUCUGUUCGCACUGAAUCCUAACUCGCGAUGAUCUGUCCAUGUUGUUAAUUGAUACAGCUCAAAAUAUUCGUUUAGUGCUCAAAUGAAUAUUUGCCACAUCUGUGACCUAGUUUUGACUAGACUAGCAAAAGUGCCUGCCCAGCAGCUCCCUGCCGCGAGGGGAGCGGACGAGGCGAAGGGAGAAAUAGAGUAUCACUUGUAUGUACACUUAAUAAUUAGAUUUUAAAAGUUGGUUCAAUUUGAAGUUUAUUAUUUUGUGUUUAUAGAUUUAUUUCUAAAUUAGAAUAUUUUUAUAUGUAACGAUACGGUAAGGAGUAAAUAAUAUAUAUCGCAUAAACCACGAUCAUGACCAAAUACUGCCACCCGGGAGCUUGAACUGUGCAAAGCGUUGGAGCUUCACAUUUGUCACUCCACUCGGCACCCUGUCUUCCUUGCACCAGUUUAAGUUCCGUGUUUUCUUUGUGAAGGUUGACACUGGAUCUUUGAACAGACGGCUGAGCGUACUCUGUAUGGAUAGUAAUAUAUUUAUACCUGCUUGUGACGGCUGAAACACCCGCGGGGGAGGACACCAAGUGCUCUGUGCCCUACUUCAGCCGUUGCAGACAUGACUUAGAGUUAGUUAAAUCACAAUAUAAUAUUAUAUUAAGCACAUUUUAAGUUUUGUUUAUGACAAACUCUUGUUGAUGUUUACGUGGUGUUUUCUGUUGGACCCGUGGUGACUUCCAUCAUUUUUUAUAUGAGACUUAAUUUGUCUUGAGGCUAUUUUUGUACUUUUUUCGCUCCACUGAUCCAAAUACCUGCCGAUAGGUUGACAUUCGAAACUGACUAUGGUGCACUCUAAAGGACCAUUGCCAUUAAUAGAUAUAAUUGAACUUUAACAUUACUUACUUUGACUAUUGCAUCUUUUUAUGAACACAAAAUAAUAUCAAAUCUAGUCUAAAGUAAUCUAAAUAUUCCUUUGAAUUAGCAUUAGCUUACAGGCUUAGGUCUAUAGACCAUACUCUAACUUUGCUCAAACUUAAGUCCAGCUCAAAGUUAAAACAAGACAGAUUUACAGACAGACAGAUUAGCGAUAUAACAUCUCACUUCACAGUGUCUUAAUUCUGAGCAAAGUACACUAUAGAUUCAGCCUUAGACUAAGUUUGGAAUUUUGUAUACGAUUUUCGGUUUAGUCCUGGAAUAGGUAUUAAUGCGUAUCAUAUCCUAUUGUGAAAAAUUUGCAUGUCUCAUGAUAAAUUCUCAAUAAAUAUUUUGACCCAAUAAUAAUU